AUGAAUUCAAGCGUUUUGCUAAAAUCCUCGGCGCCCGCGCGCGCCCUGGCGCACAACCACGCGGCGUCGGCUCGCAAGAUUGCCGGCCCCUUGACGAAAUGCGCCAGACUUCACACUGCGCCGUCUCGCGCAACCUCGCCAUCGGCCAAGUCUUCCAGCGCUAGAGGAACCAGAAUACCUUCAUCGUUACGCAACUUCCACACGACGAACAAAGUCUCCUCCAAGGACCCUUACAAGGCUCUUGGGGUCGACAAGAGCGCAUCCGCUUCCGAGAUUAAGAAAGCGUACUAUGGCCUCGCAAAGAAGUACCACCCAGACACAAACAAAGAUGCAUCUGCGAAGGACCGAUUCGGCGAUAUCCAAUCCGCCUACGAAAUUCUAUCCGACCCCAAGAAGAAGGAACAGUUCGACCAGUUUGGUGCCGCUGGCUUCGAUCCCAGCGGUAAUCCUGCUGGCGGGGAUCCCUUUGGUGGAGGAGGAAACCCUUUCCACGGUUUCGGAGGCGGUGGCCAGGGCGGCUUUGGCGGCGCCGGCUUCAACUUCGACGAUAUAUUUUCCGCCUUUACGGGUGGUCAAGGCGGCCCCUUCGGUGGCGGACGUCGCGGCGGGCGUUCGAACCCUUUUCAGCAGGAGGUCCUUGUUGGUGAAAACAUUGAAGUACAGGCUAGCAUCUCAUUCAUGGAAGCAGCCAAGGGUGCGAGUAAAACAAUCUCCAUCACACCAACCGUCGAAUGCGGCACAUGCACAGGAAGUGGCCUCAAAACUGGAUCCCAGCGCGCGCCCUGUAAGGCUUGCAACGGCACAGGAACUCGUCUGCAUUUUAUGCAGGGUGGGUUCCAGAUGGCUUCCACUUGCGGUACUUGCGAGGGUUCUGGAUCGACAAUCCCCAAGGGCUCCGAGUGCAAAACCUGCUCCGGUCAUGGUGUAGUCCGCGAGCGCAAGACCAUUACCGUCGAUAUUCCCGCCGGUAUCGAAGACGGCAUGCGACUCCGAGUUGAUGGCGCAGGUGAUGCGCCAGCGACCGGCCGAUCCGCCGACCCCAACGCCCGCAGCCAGCGUGGUGACCUAUACGUUUUUGUUCGCGUCGCCAAAGAUCCCAAAUUCACGAGAGAAGGCUCCAAUAUUCUUCACACGGCCAGCAUUCCCUUGACGACAGCCCUCCUGGGUGGCCAGGUUUCCAUUCCCACACUUGACGGUGCUGUCAACGUCAAGGUCGCUACCGGCACCAACACUGGCGACAAGAUUACGCUCUCCGGCAUGGGCAUGAAACGCCUCGGCUCCCGGCGCGGUGGCUCCGGCGACCUGCGCGUCGAGUUCCGAGUCAACAUGCCCAAAUACCUCAGCGCCAACCAGCGCACCAUUGUUGAGAUGCUUGCUGAUGAAAUGGACGACAAGACUGCGCGACGAGUUAUGAAUGUUUCACCGUCUAGAAAUACUCCCCCUAGUGACGACCCCGCCUCCCACGAAAAUGAAGGCUUCUUGAAGUCGGUCUGGCACAAGAUGACACACCACCCGGCGCAUGAAAAGAAGCCAGACGGCGAACCGACGUCCUCCACUGAAGAGUCCUCGACGAAGAAGACCAAGGAUGAAGAGCCAAAGAAGAAAUCGGACUCUGCCUAG